GCUGCCAUGCACCGGCGCCUCUGGGCCCUCUGACCACCGCCAGAAAUCUCCAGAUUUCAAUGGAUGCUCUCCAUUGUAAAAAGAAUAUCUGAUUCAAAGGCAAACAUUGAUCUUAAAUAUGAGCUGACCCGCUCAUUAGAAUCAGGAAUGUCUGCUUGGUCAGGACCAGAAAAGAAAAUUAGCAUUGUAGAUCAAAGUCAUGAUAAAUGGUUUAUUUGAUGCUAAAAUACGUAUGGAGUUACUGAAUUAGACACAUUAUAAAUAUAAAGUAAACAGAGAAGCAUUAGUUGAGAAAAUGUGUGCUCUGCAGACGCAGGAUUGACCUCGUAUCAGUGCUGAAUAAAUAACAGCCCUCCGUUGUUCUUUAUAUUCAGAUUUCUAAUAUUUACUUUGUUUCUUGUUUAUUUAUUUGCAUAUUCAGUUUUACUAAUAGGGAACAACUUUUAUAGUCUGCAAGUUUCUAACUGCACUUUCCUUUUCUCUCCCCAGGACGACCAGUCAGCCAACAGUCCUGAUUGAGUCGGACUCUGAUUGUGCAUCUGAGGGUCCAUGAUGACUUGGAGGGGGCUUGGGUGGAGCGCCCCCUGCUGACGCCUGGGAUCUCCAGAUUUCUGCUCUGAAUUCCCCUUUGCUGAAGAUCUUUUUUUGGUAUCUUUCAUAUCUUGUAUCAGUGAAGACCCCCUCUCCAUCUCAUCUGUCACUAUGGCCAGCCUGGUUAUUAAUGAAACAGGCGUGGAGGAUUGUGGGAUUGACGACUCCUUCAAGUACAACCUGUACUCCACGGUGUACAGCGUGGUCUUUGUUUCUGGCCUCAUAACCAACUGUGCUGCCCUUUUUGUGUUCUGCUUCCGGAUGAAGACACACAACGAGACCACCAUGUUUAUGACUAAUCUAGCGUUUUCCGAUUUAGUCUUCGUUUUCACGCUGCCAUUCAAGGUCUUCUACAACGUCAACCGCAACUGGCCUUUUGGAGACGGGCUGUGCAAGGUUUCGGGAACAGCCUUCAUCACCAACAUCUACGGCAGCAUGCUCUUCCUCACGUGCAUCAGUGUGGACCGCUUCCUGGCUAUAGUCUACCCGUUCCGCUCUCGCUCCAUCCGUACCCGCAGGAACGCGGCGCUGGUGUGCGCUGCAGUGUGGCUCACUAUUGUGGGCGGAGGGAUAUCGGUGACUUUCUUCUCCACUAUCAACAGCAGACACAGAGCCACCACGUGCUUCGAGGGCUUUUCCAAAAACACCUGGAAGACCUACCUUUCCAAGAUCACCAUCUUUAUCGAGAUUGUGGGUUUUCUUUUCCCCCUCUUGGCCAACCUGGUCUGCUCCUCCCUGGUUCUUCGGACCCUGCGCCGUCCGGUCAGCGCCGGCCCUGGCUGCGACAGCAAGAAGCGCGUGCUACGGAUGAUCGUGGUCCACCUGAGCAUUUUCAUCAUCUGCUUCGUCCCGUACAACUUCCUGCUCUUCCUGUACGCCCUGGUGCGAACCCAGGCCCUGGCCAACUGCACGGUGGAACGGUUCGCCCGGACACUUUACCCCAUCACCCUGUGCCUGGCCAGUCUCAACUGCUGCCUGGACCCCGUGGUUUACUACUUCACCUCGGAGAGCUUCAAGAAGAGCCUGACCAUAGGCAACAAAGGGUCCGGCUCGCGUCCUGAGAGCAUACCCCGCAGUGACAAUGAUCCCCAGGACACAGUAGCCCCCAGAGACACUCACUUGGUGUCCAGCAAUGGAAAAGACGCUACAAUAAAUGACAGUCAGCUAUGACUCAGUGUUGUCAGAGGCCAAAAAGGACAACCCUGAACUUGAACAACAAAGCAAUCAGCUGUUCAAUAGUGGAAAUGGAAAACAAAUAGCUCAGCAGAUUAGUUAAGUCCAGAGGUAAGUCCUGAGGUAUGGCCUGGGCUUUGUGGAUUAAUCCAGCACUGGAGAACAGAGGAAUGUAUCUGUGUUUAUUACAACACAGAGGGCCGCACGCACAUCCACGCAGCGAUAGUCUACGCAAACGAGGAGCCGUAGCUCUCACAAAAACACUGAGCUGUCCAUAAAAUGGAGAUUUGUUUUGACAGUAUUGAAAUAAGCUGUGUAGUGCUUUUGUAAUUAAAUCGGCGUUAUUAGAAAGCUCGAGCUCUUAAAGUGCAUCGUGUUGUUGACGUGACGAGACUGUACAGUGUGUUCAGAUCUGCCGUUACUGUAUAAACCAGUAUUAUGUUGACCUGUUAAAUUAAAUGUGUCUCCUGUAGAAGUUUCAUUUCA